AAGGGCAACUGAUAUUGAACCGGAGAAAACAUCUAUCAUCUUAUUCCCAGGCCAGGGGGCACAGUUUGUUGGGAUGGGCAAAGAACUCGUAAAACUACCCAAGAUUAAAGAGAUGUUUCAAUGUGCUAAUGAAAUUCUACGGACAGAUAUUCUACGCACUUGCUUGGAGGGUCCUGUUUCAAAGUUGUCAAAAACUAUUCAUUGUCAACCGGCAACUUACAUAAUUUCCCUAGCAGCCAUAGCAAAACUGCGGGAAGAAAACGACGAGUUAGUUAGGAAUUGUGUAGCUACAGCUGGAUUUAGUGUUGGUGAAAUCACAGCACUGGUGUUUUCCGGUGCCCUUACAUAUGAAGAAGGUUUGCAUAUCAUUCGUGUCCGAGCAGAGGCUAUGCAGAAAGCAUGUGAUCAAAAAUCUGGAGCAAUGCUUACGGUGUUUGUGAAUCCAGGAUCUCCAUUGAAACUCGCAAUAGCAGCAGCUAUUAACCAUUGCGAAAUUCAUCAUAAAAUCCAAAACCCGUGUUGCAAAGUUGCUAACUAUCUUUAUCCAGACUGUAAAGUUCUUGCCGGUAAUACCGAGGCUAUAGAUUACAUUGAAGAACAUGCUGCUCAAUUUGGAAUACGUCGUACAAAACGGUUAGAAGUCAGUGGGGCUUUCCAUACACCUUUAAUGUUCUCUGCCUAUAAAACUUUGGCUAAUUCACUUAACAGAAUGGAUGAUUUCCGUGAACCUAAAAUACCUGUUGUUAGUGUUGUAGACGCUUUGCCUUAUAGAAAUGCAAUGAAUAUUAAGAAAAAACUUGCUAUGCAGGUCACUCGUCCCGUACUAUGGGAACAAACGUUGUAUGCAUUAUACAAUCGUCCACCAGAUGUUUCUUUUCCGCGUACCAUUGAACCUGGUCCUGGUAGACAACUUGGUGCUAUGCUAAGGAUGGCUAAACGUGGGGCGUUUUCAAAUUACAUUUCUCUAGAUGUAUAGUUAAAGUAUGUUUUGUAAAUUCUAACUCCGUAUCAUAUCUCCCUACAAAUCCACAUUUACUCAUUGUUCAUAAUAGCAAGGCUAAUGAAACAAAAAGAGGAUUCUAAAGAAACUUUUCUUUAUUGUUUUAUUCAGAAUAAAUUGUAUUGCAGUAGUAAAUUACACAAAUAUAAUCAUAACAAUACUGAGUUAUUAACAUGAUUCGUUUUCAUUCACCUUUAUAAGUUACAAUAUUUUUCUCAGUUUCCCACACUUUAACUUUGUAAAGCAAUUUGUUGGGUAUAGCAUCCACUAACUGUGACCAGAUGAAAACAGCUAAGUUCUCUGUAGUUGAUACAAUAUUAUUUCUCUUAAAAUAUUCAACAUCUUCAUCGAUAUUUUUAUGAUCCAACAAAUCGAGAACAUUUUUUUUAAUAAUCAACUUUAAGUCAGCAAUAUUUAUAACCAUACCUGUUCUUUGAUCAAUAGGUCCUCGAAUGGUAACUUCCAAUUUGUAAUUGUGACCAUGUCCCAUUGGAUUGUUACAUUUUUGAAAAACUUCGACAUUUUCUUCAUUAUUAAGAUGAACAGAAUGAAGGCGAUGGCAAGCUGAGAAUGAUUCCACUCUGGUGAGGUAACAUUGCGCACUCAUCUAGUGAGUCUUUAAGGCCAAGGUUCUGUACAAAAAUUGAAGUCUUCGAAUUAAAGAUGUAAUGUUAAAUGUUGUCAUUUAUAAACUAACGUUAUAUAUAUAUGGCAUGAGUAAAGGCAGUUGAUUGAUGAAGAAUUGGUUACCUG